ACCAAUUUUCUGUUGUCGUCUGUCACCUCACCGAGGACGCUAGUGAGAGACGAGAUACGAUAGAGGCUGAGAGCCAAGGAGCCAACUAGACAGAAGUCAAGAUUGCACAUUUACGUGUUGCAGUACACGAUGAACGACUCGGACGUUAUUUAGCAGAGUGGCUCAAAGUAGAUCUGCUGCCGGCCAGCAGACAUGGCCACUGAUCUACAGUCUCUUCAAGCCCUAGAGGGGUUAAUGAAUGAAUUUUUUGGAUCAACAACCACCAAUGUUCGGAAGAGGGAAAUCGAAACCAUACUGUCCAAUUUUGGUCAGCAAAGGGGGGCAUGGAAACAAUGCCUCUACUAUGUUGCCCAUACACACAACUCCUAUGUGUCAAUGUAUUGCUUAACAACUGUUGAAAACAUCAUCAAUAAACAAUGGGUUGGUCUUAUGCCAGAAGAAAGGACAGAGAUUCGCUCCACCUUGUAUCGUUUUAUCUUAGAGAACCAUAAACUAGCUCCAUACUACAUUCGAAACAAGUUAGUGAAACUUGUUGUGGAUAUUGCAAGACUCUCCUGGCCACAUUUUUAUCCAGACUUUUUCACAAAUGUUUUAUCUCUGGCAAGAAGUCCAGAUACUGUCCCAUUAUGCAUAGUAUUUUUACAAACCAUCAGUGAAGAGUUAGCAUGUCCACGCGAAGAACUGUCUUAUUCUAGAAGAACUGAGCUUCGUCGGCUAUUAUCGCAGCAGGUCCCAACAAUGUUGUCUCUUUUGUCAGGGUUGUUGGAAGGUGUUGCAGAUAAGCAUAAGAAUGCAGUAACAGCUACUCCUCCACCAUCACCAACACACUCCCACAGUCACUCUCCGACUCGUUCAAAUUUGUCAUCAUCUCCUAUUCAAACAGGGACAAUACUAAGCAACAUGUUCCACAACUUGGAAAGUGGAACCACUAUAAGGACUGCUUGGGUUUUGCCUCCCCUAGAUGUGGAAAGUGAAACCAUCGCUGCAUAUUCUUUGAACUGCUUGACCCACCUCUUUUCAUGGAUUCCAUUAUCAUCCCUCAUCACCCCUCACCUCUUGAAUACAAUUUUCAUAUUUGCUUCAUUGGGAGCAGAUCCACAGCAUAAUAAACGGAAGCCAAAUGGAACUAUAGAGAGUUCCUGUGUACCUGGGGAAUCUCUUGGAGUGCUGGCAAUGGGAGCAAUCAAUGAGCUUAUGAGUAAAAACUGUGUACCCCAUGACUUUGAAGACUUCCUUUUACAAAUGUUCCGUAAUACAUUCCAACUUCUGCAGCGGCUAGUGCGAGAUGAGCCAAAUACAACUUCAAGACUACAGUUACUGGAGCCAAGCUACAUAGAUAAAUUCUCAGAAUUUCUGAGGCUUUUCGUGAGUGUUCAUCUUCGUCGAUUUGAGAAUAACUCUCACUUCCCAGUCUUGGAAUUUCUCUCUCUUCUCUUCCGCUAUACAUUCCAUCAACAGUCUGUGGAUGCAUACUUCAACUGCCUUGAUGUGUGGAGUAUCUUCUUGGACCAUCUUUCAUCCAAAAUUCAGGGUUCACAAGAUCAAACUAGUGUUGUAAGCAAAUAUGAAGAUGCUCUUAUAUCCCUGGCUCAAGGAAUACUACAUAAAAUCCAACUGCGACAUAAUCAAGCUGAGCUAGAGGAACUCGACCAUGAAAUAUGUGAAGAAAUUUCAGAGAGCAUAAUCCACUAUGAUGAAGUGGACACAAGCGAAGAUGUUUCCGAGUGGCAUUUUUUCUUCACAAAAAAUCUUGAACUUUUAGCAAAGAUUGCAGACCUUAUGCCAGACCAAAUUUUUUCACUUGUGUAUGAGCCUUGGAAUGACGCAGCAAAAAUUUAUCUGAGUCUCCAAAGCAACAUGGUAGAGCAGAAUGGCCGCCGUAGGUUGAAUAUCUCUGCAGAACAUGAAUGUCCAAGACUUCAUUGUUUACUGCGAGACUUAUCCUCAUUAUUGCAAGCUGUGGGAAGAUUGUCAACACUUUUCCUUGGAGAAGAAUUACCCAAAAGAUCUACCACUGCUAUCCAAGUCAUUGAAAAACUAGUCCAAAUGGCCAAUUACAGCACAGGUUUCAAGCUCUUUGAGGUUGAAACAGCUGUUGAUGUCCUACACUUAGAUUUUGUGGAAGUUCAUGCUCAAGUAUUGUCAACGUUACGGGCAUGGGUUCACUGGGUUUCUCAACUUUAUGGGCAACAGUUUGUGCAAGUAUUCCCAGGUGGCACUCAAACGCACCAACAUCAGGACACUUGCCAUACAAUUAACAAACAGAUGCUUGUUGCUGCUACAAAUGUUUUAAAUGUUGGGGCACCUCCUUUAAUUGUAAAUUGCGGAGUUCAGCUUUUGUUAUCGUUGUCUGUGAUGGUCCGGUCUCCCGUAGCAUUAGAAUUAAACCAAGUGCAAUCCCUUUACAUACAGGCCCAGUCAAUAUCAUCAGAUGUAAAGGUACGUCGCCUGUUGUUGAGAGCGCUAGUCAAUUUCCUCUUGUUGCCUUGGCCAAGUUUUGUUGUUGACCAUCGUUUAGAAACUCGGAAGCACCAUCUUACUUCCUUCAUAAGUUCCUUUACUUCAGAUGUGAAAAAGAUUGAUAUCCAGGCAAUAUCUGAUGACAAAAAUAUGCAGGAGAGCAUGGUUGAGAAGCUGUGUGAUACAUUCUCAGUGGUGCGUUAUCAGGUUGGUGAGCUGAACAGCACAGACAAAUCCAGUCGGGAGCUUUACUACCAGUGUGUUCAAGAUGUGAUACAUCAAGCCAUUCUUCUCUUUCCAAUUUAUGUACAGCAUGCAGGUGUGUGUGAAGAAAUCCUGUCCUUGAUGGUGGUUGUAAUGCAGGUGCUAAGAGUACAGUUAGGUCCAGUGCGGGUAGAAGCCACCAUACAAACAUUCCUCGAUGUCUUUACCACACGUCAUCACCUCCAGCUUGCUAUUAACACCCACAACCCACCAGCAGUUAGAGUUGUUGAGAAAUUCUUGAAGCUACUUGAACUCAUUGUAAGUGAACCUGGUCAGUCCUUCAAAAGAUUCAUCCCUAACACUAUCACAUUAUGUAUGGAACACAUAUAUCCUUUUGUAUCCGAAAGAGCUUCUCCAGAAGUCAAAUCUCCAUUAUUUGAAUUGCUUCGUUGUCUACUAGAGCAUAAUUGGAAGUACUUUUUCAGACCAUCUGUUCAUAUAUCAUUGGGGGCAGGCAGUUGGGAUUCCAUAGAAAAUGAGGCCCAGUUUAUACAGAUAAUGCAAGCUUUUGGUCAGUCCUUCAUGCAGCCUGACAUUACGAUAUUCAAGCAAAACCUUGAAGCUAUGGAAAGUCUGAACUCAAAAUACAAGUUGUAUCAUAAGGCAGUAUUUCGUAACUCAAUGUUGGGGCACUUUAUUACGGUCCUGCUUCAGGUUCUUGUACAUCGCUCACAAGAUUUACUACAAGAAGAGAUAACAAUCACUGUAUACAACAUGGCCUCUGUGGACUUCACUACAUUUUUUGCCGCAUUUGUUUUACAUUUUCUUCAAAAUAUGGAUGGCCUUGAUGAUGACCAAAGAACUACACUAAAGGAUAAUUUUAAGACUGACACAGACUUGCCAACAUUCACACAAAAUGUUCAACGAUUCAUCAAUGAUCUCCGUUACUACCGAACUUGUAAUGCCAGUUUACCGCCUGGAACUGUUAAGCUAUAGUAAUUUCUUAAGUUCUUGAUAUAAUGCAUUACAUUGAUCACAUUUACAGUUAGGUUCAAGGUGUUAACUGUUGAUUAUCGUAUACAAUUUUUGUGCUUGGAAUAAUUUCUUAGUCAACGUAUACUUGAAGACGCAAUGAAUUUAUACUGCAGUGAUUUUUUUUGUGGUUGGUAUUUCACUGUUAUCAUACCAUUAUACAUAUAUAUCCUACUAUUGUUUACAAGACUUUUUGCCACUUUUCAUUGUUUCCCCACAUUUUAUAUUGUCAAUCUUUUGCAUAAAAUAUGCUUUAACAUUUUUCAUAAUUAUUAACUUUGUAACUUGGUCUUGUGGUGGAUGUCUUCAAAGAGUCUAUGUCAUAACUAUAAAUGAAUGAAAAGAUUAAUCAAAUGCAGUCUGGUAUUACAGCACAUCUUUUGUAGAGUCAUGUUGUAACAUACUGCUUCCUCUUUUUUUCUAUUAAAAUUUGAUGUGGCCUUUGAAUUGUCAAAGACUUCUCAGAUGUGUAGAUUUUUUUUGUGAAGCCUAGUAUUGUAUAAGCUGCAGCUUAUAAGUCAGUUGGUUUCCAGUUAUCCUAAAAUGGCACACAUACAAAUGACUAUUGAUAUUAGCAUCCUUAUUUGGUUAAUGAAUGAUUGUUUGGUUGAUAUAUGCAGCCAUUUAAUUGGCAUUUGAUAGGUAGUUGCACAGGAAUAUCAUUUUGGUUAGUAUUAUUAAACUUUUGGAAAACAAAAUAUACCAGGACUUAAUGGACUGUCUUGUGGGAUUUAAUUGCAAAAAUAUAGCCAUACAUGGCCUUGUAACAUUGCAAAUUGUUUAGUAGUUUGUAAUGGACAGAUUAAUUUUUGAGACAUUCAUUUUGUUUAUUUUUAUUAAUGAAAUCAUAAAUUCCUCAACAUUCAUCAUGUGUUUGUAUAAGUGAAGGCCAUAAAUUUGAUUGUUCCAAUAUGCUGGAACAUUUUGAUUGCCAAUUUUAUUAAAAUUGAAGAGAUAAUUGAAGUUUGUAGGUAGGUACAGAUAAUGGUUACAGAGUAAGAAUAGGUUCUGCUUGAAUAUUUGUCUUAUGUUACCACAGACUUUUAAUUCAUUAUCAUAAGAAUGUUGCAAAAUGUUAUGAUACAGUUUUAACUUCUAAAAUUAAUUCAUCAAUGAAAAUUAGUAAGAGCUUACCAAACAAGAAGCUGUUCAGUCAUGCACAAGAUGAUGUAAGGGAAUAUUGCUGGGAUAAUUAUUCUGACAGUUUUCAUUGGCAACUUUACUGUUAAUGUCGGUACUCCGUCCAUUCCCCAUAACUGCUGUAGGAUUUACCUGGUCUGGAGAAAAUAAAAGUUUACCUUGUUUGCCUUCAUGAUAAUCAUCAUUAUUAUUGAUUUUAACUCUAAAUAUGAAAAAUAAUAUGCAAGUUCUAUGAACAGAAAUUGGGCAUACAAUUGUGGAAAUUAUUUUUUUUCUAUUGCAGGACUGCAAAUUUGAUUUCAUGCCUUAAAGGAGUUAAGAAACCUGUAUUAUUUAUGUCUUCUUUGUGCCAGUGACAUUUGUCAAAUUGUAUUCUCACGCCACACUGAAAUAGAUUUAAAUGUACACUUGACCUGUCUUUAUUGUGUAUUUAUAUUUUGCAGGAAAAGUUUUUCUUUACCGUGAUAUUUUGUACACUUGACCCUCCAAAUUCGUGGGUUAUUUAUCAGUGAUAAAAUUACAAAUUAAUCUUUGGAUUUUCUUAGCAAUCUGAGUAAGUCAGAAGACAACUUCUGUAGCCUAGAAAUGUAAAGAAAAGUGAAAAGAGCUCAAUACAUAUCUUAUUAGUGCAUAAAAUAUUUUUACAUAUUCUAUUUUAUCAUUAUUGAAUUUUUGAAUCCAAACCAUGUGCGAUUGAACAGUGUGUAACCAAAACUAAAGAUAUAGUAAGUCAUAAGUACUUAAAACAUAUUGUAAUAUACUAUACUGUAAUGCCUAUUUCAUCAUUUAUUAACAUAAAUUACACAUUAAUAAUUAACCUAUUAAAGAUUUAUUACAUACAGCAGUAUAGUUAUUUACAUGGUAGUACAGUAUUUGAUGUAUGCUUUAUAAAUAACAGUAUGUCUGUAAUAUUUAAUAUCUAUAAUAGUCCUAAUUUUGUGAUGCGUGCAUAAUUUACUAAUACAGCCAAUGUGAAUAUGCCAGUAAAUGGUGCAAUAAUGUCAACACUAAGUAACAUUGCCUCAGUGGCCGCGAGUUCAAUUCUCGAGUAUUCCAUUGAGAAGUGAGAGAUGUGUAUUUCUAGGGAUAGAAGUUCACUCUCGACGUGGUUUGGAAGUCACGUAAAGCCGUUGGUCCCGUUGCUGAAUAACCACUGGUUCCAUGCAAUGUAAAAACACCAUACAAACAAACAAACAAACUAAGUAACAAAUGCAGUAGUAUAAUGUAUGUUUUUCUGCGUAAGGAGUAGCCUGCAAUCUGUCUCACACAGAGCAGAAUUUUAAUUGAUUUGUGUAGAUAUUAUACAGCAACGGUGUUAUGUUUGAGGUAUGUUAUACCAAUACCAGAACUUAUUCAAAUAUUAUUACCUUAUCAUGUACAGAGUGUAAUUCUUUAAUAUGUUACAGUCAUACUACAGAACAUCUGUGUUUGCAUAGUCUAGAAUCUACUGUUUUCUGUUUUGCCAUCUAUUUUGUAUAUUGAACUUUGUAAAAAUUGUCUUGAGCUUUGCAGGUAUUACUUUAUUUCCAAGAAUAAUCUGUAAGUCUAUUUAUAAAACUUGAAAUAAUCAAACAAGACUAGACAAGUGUUUGACCGUCUGUGUAAUGAUCAGGAGUAAAGCCUGAACAGCUGUUGCAAGGACAGUCACUCCAAACUAGUCUUGUGUUAAUGUAUACAGGUGGAACUAAGGGAUUUGUUACUUUUAUGGGUUUUGUAUUGUUUAGUACGAAGAAAAGAAAGGCUUUGGAUGUGUACUAUUAUCAUAAUGUUUGUGGCUGGGAACUCUAGUUACUAAUGACUGAAGUAAUCUUACCUGUUCUGAGCUUAGAUUACAAGAACUGUAUUACUGAACCACAUUUUGCUAGUAGCCUGGUGUAUUGCCUGGUCAGAAAUUGAGUUCUUUGGGAACACAUUUGGUGGGACAACUGUAUGUUAUUUUUCUAGACAUUUCUGCUCUGUUAUGGUAUUCAUAAAGUUUUGUCAAAUUUUUUUUAACAGGGAUAGCAUAAACACAUAAUUAGGGGAAAAGUGGAUGUGAGGAGGAAGACUAAAAUAUUUCAAAAUGGUCCACGUCUUGAUUGUGUCAUAUCACUGCAAGAGAAAAUUUACACAAACUCGCCUAUUUUCAUUUCUUUGCAAAGUCCUUACAUUGAUGUAAUUCUUAGUCUCUCAGUUGUGCCACUAAUUUUUAAGGAAUAAUUCAAACAAACUAAACAAGAACUAAGCCAUCUAUCUCAAAUUCAGCAAUUUGUCAUGCUUGUGUCAAAGGUUUAGCCAUUGAUUUUAUUUGGAAGUUAAUCAGAAAUCAAGGAUCAUGCUACAGUAGUUGUUAGGGCAUUUUCAGAAUGAUGUUAAUAUUACAAUAAUUCAAUCCUUUAAUAUUCCUAACUGUACAGAUUUAGUUUGGCAUUUGAACACCAUGUAUAUGGUAAUCUGUUUGUCAGUGCUUCUUAUCCAGUCAUCUAUUAAAAAAUUUUUUUGUCCAUGUUACGGAUUACAUAGACAGCUAGAGUUCAUAUGUAGUGUGUUAAAAUUAUUAAUGGGGAUCCUAGGUGGAAAAAUUUUUGUAAACCUGAAUUUUCAGAAUUUGAAAUGGAAAAUGAAGUGUAUGAAACUUUGAAGAUAGGUUAACCCUUUUUCAUCUAGAAAGGCUAAAUGUUUAUCAUUAAACUUCAAGAUUUGAAAUAAUCCAAACGUGUCCUUAAUCAUAACUAAAAUAUAUAGUCAUAAGAAUGAAUGUAAAUUAAGUUAUGAUAUUGUAAAAAUGUAAUCAUAUGAAACAGGAAUGAUAUAGUACUUUGCAGAGUAUAUUAAGGGAUUUUUGUAGCAAGAAUUUCCCCAACAUUAAAAUUAAAUGGAUAAUUAGUAGUCUGACAAAUUAAUUUGUGGGAGUUAAAAGUUUACUAGUUUUUCAUACAGCAGAACCAUUUGUUGAAUAGUUACAGAUCUGUCAUAAUUCUUGGGCCACCAGUUUUUGUGAUGAAUUAACUUUUGAUUUUAUUUAAAAGGAUUAAAUGAUGGAGGAAUCAAGGCUGUGAAUAUUGUGAAAAAGCAUGACAAAUAAUGCUGUUGAGUUCCAAGUUAAAGGUGAUGUUUCCUGUCUACCAGUAAAUGCAUUAUCUGUGUAUUUUGUUGAUAAUUGGCAUGUUUUAACCAAUGGCGUAUGCCAAGUGACUACAUUGGCAAAGGUAAAAUUUUUGUAUGAGAUUUCCAGUUUUGCAAAUAUUUUUAUUUCUUUCAUGAUUUUACUACCAAUAUGAUAUACUUAUGUGCAGCACCCUUGGUUAUGACUCCAUGUCUGUGAUGAAUUACAGUUGUGAUAUGUGGUUAAAUAUAGUGGACCAAUUUAGGCAUGUCUGACAAUCCCUGUAAUCUUUUAAUUUAUACUAUUUUCACUAAAAGACUGUCAUUGCUCAUAGGAUAAUUUUGAGUAUUAGUAGUGGGUAAGUAGUACCAGUUUCCAAAAUACGUAGUGUGCUACCCAAAGUGACUUAAUGAAAGUUAUAUACAUACAUAAAUGAACUUCCCAGGCAUAUGUUCUCUUUCAUUCCAGUCAUUUAUGUGAAUUGUAAAUGAACAAGCAAAAUAAAUCAUUGAUGUAUCCUUUGUAAACGAAUGGUUAACUAUUGUUUACUGCCUUGGAAUUUGAAUUAAAUGAACAGGUUGCAAGUUUAUAAAUUUGCCCAAUGUCAUACUUUGAUACUGUGUGUGUGCCAAGAGAAUUCAUGUAUGUCUUAUUAUCAUACUUUAUCAGACAUCAUAUUCAUAUUUAUAUGAUGAAUGAUAAUUUUUUCCCAUUUUUAAAUUCUUUGCAUUACCAGUCGUGCAUUCCAUGUCAGUGCUGCAAAUUUUUAUUUAGUAUUUUGUUAAUUUUCAGUCUGAGCUUAGUUAAAUAUGCAUUUUUUGUACAUUCCAAUUUAAUAAAUAUAUCAUUUGUU